CUGGGCUGUCAGGCAGCCCUCCAGAAGAGGAUCGCGGCGGAGGUAAGUAAAUAUUACCUCCCCUGGGCUUAAGCCGUUACAGCGUUCUAUGCCGCCGCAACGGCUUUAAAGCCCUUUAAAGCCGCGACGGCAUAGAACGCCGUAACGGCGUUAAGGGGUUAAUAUGAAUGAAUGACGGUACUAGGGGAAUCCAGACACUGUAACCAGUUUAAUGAGAUGAAUCAGACACGGUGCCUACAGUGUCCCUUUAAAAGGUAACGCCUAGUUCGCCCUGUUUAUUGGAUAAUAAAAGUGAAAAUUAUUUGCAAAUAUCAAUAAAGCUUGUUGACAAGGAAAAAAAAAGGGAAAAGCAUGUGACAUCAUUUCCUUUGAACACAGGGAUGCAGACAGACAGGAAAUGAGAAGCUUGCACAUGCAACUUAAAGCAUUGACACAGACUGCACCAUUACUAGGCAGGCAUCGAGGGGGAAGGGGCAGGAGGUGACAGCUGCAAGGUGUCAUUAUUUUACUCUGCCUGUUAUGUACAUAGCCGUAGGGAUAGAUAUAAUCUCAGGAAUCCUUGAUUGUAUUCACUGUCACAGGGCAGAGAACAGUUAAUAUAUAUAUUCAAACACCCUAGUCUUUUUGAAUACGGGACAUUUGGUUUUUUUCUGAGUUCCUGUAAAUAAAUACAUCUACUUUAAAAUCACAUGAGACCAUACAGGAAAAAACGCAAUAUUAUUUAUCUUUAGUAUAGGAGCGUAGUGGGUACCACAAGAAAAUUAUACCUUUAGAAAAAAAUAAUCAUAAUAAUUUCAGACAAUAUUCCUAGACCUGGGAACUACUAAGCUAUUUCCCUGAGUCACAGGGGUUAAUUUUUAAAUAAUAAGGUAUGCAGGCAGAUGCUCGGCAUCAUCAUAUAGUUUGGGAGUACACUGAAUUCAGUUUUUAUUUGAUAUUACGUGUCUCCCAGGUGGCACUAAUUAAUGUCUUCCCUAAGUUAGAUUUAGAAAUAAAAUAGUUAAAACAUGUGGAUCUCUUUGAUUUGGAAUCUAUGUCCUGAGUUCAUACUGUGAAGGACAACUCAUUUUAAAACGUUCCCAGGUACGUAUAUGGCCAGCACAAUUAACCCUUUAAUUGCCGGAGUGUGGUACAAUAUUGUUCGCUCCACCAGACACAAAAAAAAAAGGUUAAUGUAUGUAAUGUUUUGUGUUGGGCGUCUAAGUAAUCAAGAAGUAAGUCUGCACUUUGAUACAGGAAAUAGGCAGACUACAUGGACCAAUUGGGUUUUAUAUGCCAAAAGAAUUGAUAUUUAUUGAUUCAACAGUGAACCUUUUGAUUGCCUGGGAUGUGCCCAACAUGAUGCAAACCAAUGCAAUGGGCACCCUUUACAUUUAAAUAGUUACAAUGUCGUCGAUGGUAGCAAUGUAAGGUAUUGCUAUUGUUUUUUUGGCUUAUUGCUCUUAUAUGUAUGUCUAGUUUAGAGCUUACAUGUGGCGACUAUGUCCUUGCUAUUUGCAGAUUUGUUGGUCACUUGUCUUUGUUGCCACUUAAUAAUAAUAGUUUAAAAAUCCUAGCUGGCAGUUACAUUGAUUUUUAACAAUUCAAACAUAUUUCAAACCUGGACCUUGUUGACUGUGUAUAUGUUUUUUUUCCCUUUCUUUUAUUAAACAAAGAACAAUACAGUAAUACAAGUCACCUCUACUCACCUUGACAAACCGGACUGUUUACUUAAUGGGUGCAUUAUUGAAAACCGCCUGGUAAGUAAACAAAUACAUUGUUGCCAACAAGAUCCUAUUGCCAGAUAGGCACCCAGGCUUAGAAGGGUGGCUUACACCCACUUUCACUGAAAGCUAAUUUUCUUUUAAUAUGUAUAUAACAUAAUUAUUCAUGGGCUGACCUUAAAAUGAAGCAUUUCUUUUCUCUUCCAGAUGCAAACAAACAGAUGACAUUUAAUUCUUUGUUUUCUCCAUUGGUCCUCGGGGCUGAAUUCUGACAAUUUUUUUUCUUGCCUUUGGAACAGGUUAAUUUGCAGCCCAGUGAUUCUGUGGGUAUGAGGCUUCUCUAAGUCAACGUUUUGAAGGCUUAGAAAGAUAAUCAUCGGUGCCGUAUGAAACAUACAGUUCGCAACGCAAACAUAGUGUAUCCAUAGCACCAGUGGCUCUCAGCCAACUCAAUCGCAAUAUUAAUGAGUUCAGUUGGAUUACCCCUAGGAUGCAAGAUUUGAGUUUAGAAAGGAUUUCAAAUUCCUAAACUUUCUGUUAUAUCUUAAAGCUGCUACUUAAAAAACACCCCAGAUAUUUAGUUAGGAAUUUAUUUAUUUUUUCAUUAUCAUAUCUGUAGCUAAAUUAAAAAAGGAUUUAAUAUUUUUCUAGAGUGUUUUUAUAAAUUAAAUUAAAUAGAAAGGGUCAUGGCGUUAUGUAAGGCAUUUGUUAUUUGUUGACUAUUUUUGUAGUUUUAUAGAGUUUGUAGAAUUUUUUCAAAGUAAAAAAUGAAAAUAAAUGCAAGAACAAAGGUUUUAUACAGGUGACAGGUUUACGCGUGAAAGAUUGUUGCUUUGCAAAAUUUAUUGUUUGCGACCUUGUGAAGCAGAACAUUUAAUCAAUUUGUUCCAGUUCUAUAGAAGACAAUACGUUUCCUGUAAACAGAAAGUUUACUGAAGUCAGAGACUUCUACUUACGUGCAUACUUCCCUAAUUAGUGGUUUUAGUUUCUUCUGUUUUGUUUUUGUGAGCAAAGGAUACUCCAAAAUAUCCAUAAAGCCAUUUUACCACUGUUAGAUAGUAAAAUCAAGCCCAGUAUCGAAUUUUCACAAACUGAUUGAGGCCUUACCAGUAAAAAUAUUCAGGAGAAAAAGGGCAAAUUUGAAACAUGAGUAGCAUGAAUUGUUACAUGUCACAAAACUGUGAAAAAGAGGAUAGUGGCAAUGAUUCACAGCCAAUCUACCAGGUCCUCCAGCCAAAACAACGGAAAUUAGUUCUACAUUUGGAUUUGAAUAAUACAAUCCUGGUGUCUGAUGCAGUUACAGGACAAGGACCCACGGCAGCUUUGAACUCUUAUCUGAGUACAGUUACCUGGGGAAAGCUAAGUGACACAGGUAAGGCAAAAUAAAAUCAAGUGUUUCUGGUGGGGUAUUGAUGAAUUGAGGUUUGGGGUUUUCCACCAUGUAUUUUUUUUAAUUUUGUCUCCGAGAUAACAGAAUAUUGACUAAAUAGUCACUUUGACUUGGCUAAGUUGCUUAUGCACAGUGUGGGUCAACGAAUGUGCCAUGCAAGCAAAUGUGGUUAUUCGGUAACAUUCUACAUGGCGGCUCAAAGGGACACUAUAGUCAUCAAAACAACUACAGCUUAAUGUUUUUCAGAGAAAAGGCAGUGUUUACAUUUACAUUAUAGAGAUGCAUUUGUGUGAGGAGGUGCUGAUUGGCCAAAAUGGUGUUUGGCGCUGCCCCCAUCCCACCUCCUUGCCGAUUUCAGCCAAUCCUAAACUUUCCCCAUGGAAAAGCAUUGGAUUGGCUAAAAAUCAUUAAUUGUGAUGAUGUCACCAAAGAGGCAGAUCAGGGGCGGGGCAGGUCCUGGCGUACCUAUGCGGCAUUGGAAAUAAGGUCUUUUUUAACCCCUUCUAAGGAGUGGGCAAGACACCUAAAUGUGUUUUUUACCACUAUAGGGUCAGGAAUACAUGUUUGUGUUCCUGACCCUUUAGUGUUCCUUUAAUUGUCUGCGGACAGGUGGCUCUUCUGUACAUUCCAUGUCUCCCUCCUCAAAUAGAUACUCAAAGCGCUUAAACAACUUUAGCGUAAUGAAGCAAUUUUGGUGUUCAAUACAAAGGGCUCAUCUACCAUAGUAACAUGUUUUAGUAACAUAUUUUACCCCUAACAACGAUAUUGUGAGCUUCCCAGAUAGUGGCCGCUGUAAGUUCGCCCGGCGUGUUCAACUCAAAGUAGGAAGUAAGUUCUUCAGAAACCUGUUCCCUGACUUCCAGAUCCAGUAGUAGGGAAUCUUGGAGGCGCCAUGCCUAAUAGGCUGGACGCAUCCUCGGGGUGUCCAACUCCAGGGUUACUGGGCUGUGGUCUGACCAAAGGGCAGCCCCUAUUUAUGCUUUUUGGACUGACACCCGCUGGUCUUGUUGUAGGAAUAUAUAGUUGAUUCUUGAGCAGCGUCUGUGGACCACAGAGUAGUGAGUAUAUUCUUUAUCUCCGGGGUGCAUAGCUUUCCAGCAAUCCACCCGUCUGAGUUUCCAGAGGAUUUCCUUGUGUGAUGCUGCUAUGACCUGUGGAUGAGUCUACAAGAGGAUGUAGGGGCACAUUGAAAUCACCGCCCAGGAUCAGUGUCCCUUCAGUGACCUUUGCUAGGUCUCAACGAUCACUCCCAUAUGGAGAGCGUGUAUUAUUAUGCAUCUCUGUCUAGGGCAGUGCGAGUUAUCAGGAGCAGUUACCCAGGUCAGCGUCGGGCUAGGGGCAGCAGGUAGAGUAGGCUUUAAUUAAGGACCGGCAAGGAUCGUGCCCAGCAUUACCAGCCGUUUUCAUAAAUUCUCUCUCUGGCUGUGCGAUUGGAAGCUGACCGGGGGCGGGUCCAGAGCAUUGCGUCCAGGUGUAACAUAUGGCUAAGAACAUUCGGUAUCCUAACAUUCCUGGGAUGAAAACAUCUAACCACUGGCAACCUGGAUCACAGGCACAGUAGAAGUGAGAAUCCCAUACAUAGCGUAAAAUCAGGACAUACAGUAUAACAUUCCCCCCUCCAUCCCCCCAACUUGAACUCUGUAAAGUAAAGGAACUUAACAUCAUAAUUUUUCUUCUUCCCCAGUCAGUUUUCUAAAUAGUGUGUGUGCCCUUCCUUUAUCCCUUCCCUCCCUAUCCCGGUUCAUGAAUAGUGGGAGUAUAUUCGAAGCAGGAUAGUCCUCUCCAACCUCAUCACCCAUUACCUAACCCCAACCGAGGGUAUCCCUCCCACCCCUUCCUAACCUCCCCAGCUCAACAACUGCCAUAAAAAUCCCCCUCCUCCCCUGUAUCAGCAGAAGCAGAAACAUCCCUUCAUUCCCGUGUACACCUGCAUGAUAUCGCCCCCUCUGAGCUAGCCCAGGCUUUGAUGGCUUCAGGUCAAGGCCAGUCUCAACCUCCUGGAGGACGGUAUGCAAGUGUCCGACUCAGAAUUGCGGCCGAAUCAACGGUCCCCUCAAGAACAGAGAAUCCCCACCAAGAUGGCGUAACCCACUCCUCUCCCUCCCCCCCCCAAUAAACACAGAUAGGGUAUUCCCUCCCAAAUCAAGGUGAGCCAUGGUCCCUGAGGUAGGCUGGUUCCGUAACCUGCUUAAGUAGUGGGGAUACUGCCCAAUAGCAUGCUCCCAGGGGACUGCAGGUUGGUGCUCAUUCCCUCUAUCCCUCCCAAUAAGCAAGGAAAGCAGACCAUAUGCCCACCAAAGUCGGCAGUCGUACCGCUAUCCAUAGGGAGUCGAGGCCCAUGUGGUACUCACGAUUUGCCGCUGGUAACAGUCCUUUUAUCCGGAUUUUGGAGUGACUGCUCCUGUUGUCGAGGUCCUCAACUAGGUGGCGCAGGGCUAAUAGCAUGCAGCCUUGCCGCGCUAUGGCUGUGUCUGCUGCAGAUGCCUGUUGCUGUGUGAUCUGGGCCUGGGAUUUAAGUGCCCAUGUGCGGCCACCUUGUGUGUCCACAUCUGACUGCAACGCUGUUACCGCCGAGGUGAGGGAUGUCAUGAGGGUGCUUCCCAGGGACUGCAGGUCUGAUUUUUGUGACCAUAGCAGCCUCCAGCCUGAUCUCUGCUCCUAUAUCCGCCAGCCUGGUUUGCUCCUGUUCCGAGCUGGUGGAAGCAGGAGACACGGUCACCGUCUUGGAUCUGUGUGCCUCGCAGUUAGGCACCAGCGGGAUUUGUAGAAAGUCAUCUGUCGGGCCCGACAGUAGCGGGUGCUCUGGUCACUUGGUGAGUCCCAUUAGGUAAGUGUAAACCGAGGCAAGUAGCGUAUAUUAGCUUGGUCGGGAGGAGCUUGGGUCUCGAUCGUCCAAGCCGCUCAGACUUCAGACCAUGCCCCCAUUUUGAGAUCAUUUAACUCAGCCCGAGAGAUUUGACAAAUAAACUCCUAUACAAUAAUAUAUAAUGCAAAGUAAAUAUGAACAAAUAGCAAACUUAGAAAUAUUUCCCUAACUCUGCCAUAGGUACAUCUUGACUAUCUUAGACUAAAUUACGCAAUAUCAGUGCUUAUGAUACUUAGUGAAUAAAUCUAUUGUAUUUCAUCAUUUUAAGAAAAGUUUGUCUCUGAAACUGUAUGAAUCUUUGUUGGUGUUCUCAUUUAGAUGAAUUUUGUUUAAAUGCAUUAGGGUGUUGCAAAUUUAAAAGUACACCCAUGGAAAUUUAAAAUAGUCUUUAUCCACUUUAAAAUGCCACAAUAGGAAGGAUUUACUAAUUUUUUUAUGGCUCCACAUAGGAGUAAGGUAAAAUCGCGGUAUAGUAAAAUUUGAAAAACAGUACACUUAUAAUAUUCCAGGAUUUGUCAUCAUUAAACUCAUGCCAAUAUAGUCCACCAUGGCUGUUGGCAGAAUUAAAGGGGACAUUGUCAACCUUUUAGUGGGUACUGUGACUGGUGGUGAAAGCAGAAUUCAACUUAAGGGGACACUCCAGGCACCAAAACAACAAAACCCCUGGUCUCUUACUUCAAGGGGUUAAACCAUUCUCAAAUGACAUCCGGCUUCUGAUAUUUCAAUUUCAGGAAACAAAGAAUGCCGCUGGGCAUGGGACCAGCUGAUUGGCUGAGAGUGGUCAGCUGAGGCUCCCAGCCAGUCAGUUACUCUCCAUUUACAAAACUGGCUUGGAAAGAAAUGUACCUUUUCGAAGCCAGAUUUGUGAAUGGGGAGUUCAACGGCUUAACCCUUUUUUUAGGUAUGAGUGCCCCCAGGGGCCUCUUGGCACCAUAACAACAUAAUUUAGAUGAACUUGCUUUGGUUCUUGGAGUGUCUCUUAAAUGAUUCUCAUGAACAGCUAAUUUUUUUUUCUAAAUUGGCUGUUUUGCCCUUAAAUUUGCAACUAGCUUGCCAGAUCAUCUUGACUUGCUAUUUAUUGAGCUGGUUUUACAAUGUUCUGCUUCCGGAUGCUAUAAUACAUGUUAAACAUAGAUACAUAAUUGUAAUAAAAAUGUUUGUCAAGCUGCAUUCUGUAUACAUUUUUGCUUCCUACCGUGUUUUCCCAAAAAUAAGACAUCCCCCGAAAAUAAGCCUUAGCUUAUUUUCGGGGGAUGCUCCUAAUAUAAGCACUACCCCAAAAAUAAGCCCUAGUUGUUUGCUGAUCUAUGUUUGGGAAUUUUCCCUGAAUAUAGACUCGCGGGAUUCCAUUCGCGAGUAAACUAAUGUAUGUUCGGGAAAGUAUCCCCGAACAUAGAUUUGCAGGAUUCCAUGUCCUAGUGAACUGGUCUAUGUUCUAGCACACGUUUUCCCCGAAAUAAGACCUACCCCGAAAAUAAGCACUAGUGUGUUUUUUCGUGGGGAAAAUUAAGACCCGGUCUUAUUUUCGGGAAAAUACUAUUUUGUUUUGCAUUGGUAUAAUGGCAUCACAGAAAAUGCAGGAUUAUGACACUUAGAAAUUAGAAUAUUAAACCUCAAUUGUCAUUUAAUUUCAGGUGAAUGGCAGUGGUUGAAUGAUUGCCUUUCAGUGACUCCUCCAUCUAAGGAUGCCAUUAACUAUUAUACCAAGUUUGGCCGUAGCACGGAUUUUGUUGACACUGAACUAGGCCGGAGGUUUAAAGAAGUCCACAACCAUCACAUGAAAUUAUUAGAGUGGAAAGGAGAACAUGACAAGGUCUUCACCCAGGUGGGCGAAGAUAGAAAGGCAUAUAACUGGAUUCUACCAUCCUUUUUCUAUCUGAUAGAAAAACUUCACCAACAAGGACGCCAGUUCACUAUCAUAUUACGGACGUUUGGGACAGACCUCCCACUUGUACUACAGGCCGUUCAUUCUGCUUUUACAGGGAAACACCCACACUUCCCUCAACUGCAGAACAUACCGGUAAGUACUUGUUUGCUUUUUCAGGAAAAAAGUGGUCAGAGGUCAGUAUUGGGCUGUCAAUGGUUAAUCAUAACCAUCAACAUUUUGUGAGAUUUAAUCCUCAAAAUGUGGUCUUUGAAUAACAAAAACUUUUUAAAUUAUUCAGAUAUUUUUACAAUGUGUAAUUAAUUGACAUUUACAUAUUUUUUCUGAAUUUUAAAAUUAAUUUGGCAGACAUAUUUAUAAACAUUUUUACAAUGUGAAACUCUAACAAACAAUAAAAAGCUCAAUAGAAAAACAAAACAAUUAAAAAAACAUAUAAAAAGAUGUAAAAACUGCUAGAACCAUAAAAAACACUUCUCAAUUAAGGUACCAAUGAGUACAUUUUUUACAAUGUAAAUGCCCAGGACAAAGCAAAGUAUACCAUGAGCUACUAGAUUUGCAGAUAGAUUAACACUUUAGAAGAUCUUGUGUCAUAAUUCAUCAGCCUCCUAUGCAAAUGCACUGCUACAAGAGAAAACAUAAUUUGUAUAUUUCUUUGUACAUUUCUUACAAAACUCUUAUUCAUUUCCUUAUCAUUGCCUGUCUUGGGUACUGCAACCUUUUUCUUAUUUUCCAUGUCCAGACUUCCUGCUAAAUGUUUAACUCAACUCCAGUCUAUAUAAAAUGCUACCCCCAUCAUGUGACUGACACAACAUUUGUCUUCUGCUAAAAAUUAGCAUUUUCCAGUUCAGCUAUUUUGACCAUUAACUCACUUUGAAUUCCCAAUAAUUCUUACAUUGGUGAAAAAUCUGGUAACUCCAUAUAACAAUGAAAAACCAUGUACCUAGCAUUCCACUAGUUUCUCAUCCAGGUUACCCUUAUUACUCUAAGCACUCCCCUACUCAUUAUCUCAAUUUAAAAGAACAAUCCAGGCACAAACAACUUAAUCUAAAUUAAAAUGUUUUGGGGCCAGGAUUUAUCCAGGCAGGUUCUUACAUUCAGGGGUAACCCCAAAGUUGCCUCCUGCACCGAUCUCAGCUCAUCCACCCCGGCAGCAUCCGGCUUCUGAAAUUGCAGAUUUAGGAAGCAAGGAACAGGGGCACAGGUGAUUGGCUGAAAGCAGUUAGCUGAUGCUCUCAGCCAGUCAAUGACUCCCCUUUUACAAAACUGGCUUGGAAAAUGUAUGCCAGUUUUUUUUAGAAAGGGAAGUCAUUGAUUGUCUGAGAACAUCAGCUGUGGCCCUGCCUGGCAGCACUCCGCGAUUCCUAAAUAUGAAAUUUCAGAAGCCAGAUGCCGCAAGGGUGGGAACUGAGAUUGGCACUGAAUGUAAGUGUGCGCCUGGGGGGUCUUCAGCACCAUAAAAACUGAAUUAAGAUGAAGUAGUUAUAGUGCCUUAUGAUACCUAAACUAUGCCUUAAAGAAUAAUCACCUCUUUUAUCAAUCUCAAUUGUUUGUCUCCCACAACAUGUAUAAUCCCUCCCUCAAAACUCAUAUUUUAAAAUAAGCUUUCAAAUCAUUUCACAAAUCCAACACACGCAGUUCCAUAAUAUCCAUAACACUCUACAUUUACCUUGUGUCUUACUUUUCCCCUUCUCUUUUAUGUAUUUGCAUUAAAAAUCUUAUAUAGUGCACUUAAAGGACCACUAACACCACCCAGAACACUUCUCAAUGAAGUGAUCUCGGUGCUGUGGCUCUGUUGUUUUAGUCAUUUGAUCUAAAACAUUGCAGUUUAGUAGACACAGAAAUUUUUGAUUGAAGGGUUAAACACACCUCUAGUGGCUGCCUUCCUGCCAGCCAUUAGAGGUGGUGCUCUGCAACGACCGAGUUUUUCUUGGCCAUGUGAUGUUCGACGUCAAUGAGAACAUUGAUUGUCAUUAAAUUCAACUCAUAGAGAUACAUUGGGUUUAAUGCUUCCCUAUGAGAGGCAUUUGAUUUGACUUGCGCUUGUCGAUGGUCAUGCAUAUGCAUCUCAUCCCCUAAGGUUCAAGUUUGAGCAAAGUCAUGAUGAUGGCAAAGAAUGUCAUGUAUAUCCUAAAUUAUAUCAUUUACAGGGUAGGAGGCGUAUUAAUAGUCCCUGGAGUGGCCAGGUUUAAAGCAGUUGACAGACAAGAGAAUAGUCAAGGAACAGGUCAAGUUCAAGGACAGGAGAAGUACGCAAUAACAAAAGGCAACGCAGGGUCAAAAGAAAUCAGAGAGCACGGUCAUAAUACAAAGAAAUCCCUGAUAACAAAGAAUGUGCCAUUAAGUACUCAUAAGAUCACAACAGGAUACUGACUGCUGGUCCCAAUGGGCUUUUAUAUAGAUUGAGGUAAUGGCUCCCUUUGCGUCACUUCUGUGCUCUCAGAACGUACACGAGCAUUGAUAUUGAUGCAAUAUCACAUUUCGGCACACAGAAGCUGCCUCAUAAAUUGACGCAGAGCCACAGCGUCAGAAUUUACCCCAAAUGUGGACGUGGAGAUCCAUGAACAAGGGAGGACUGAGCACAUAUGGUAACACAUAAGCUAACACUUUCUACCCUUCCCUCCCAAUCUGCAGUGUUUGCUUAUUUUUCUCCACUAAUCAGACUGUAUAGGGUGGCAUCACUGUCAUUUCUGGGAUUUGCAGUUCAUAUGCUACACUUCUGCAUUAGCAAUAUAUAUCUAUAGUCAAUCAGUAUCCAGUGUGCUUAAAUAGUCAGAAUAUUUAACAAUUAUUAGAAUUACAGUCAAAAUAUACUAGUCAGAAUUAGAGACUUUUGAGAUUGGGUUAAAAUAGAAAUCUUCACUAAAUCUUAAACAAACUAUAUAUAACUAUGCAGACACAGAAAUGUAAAAAUAUUCUUUGCCAUCUAGUUUUUAGUGUCACUAUUCUAUUUAUCAUACAGUUUACUUACCUGCAGUUGAAUAGGCUGGAAAAUGAAAUACUGGUUAUUAUGAGACUCUUCUCCGCAAUAUGUUAUCUGUACCCAAUAUAGAGACAUACAAAGUGCCUUUUUAAAUGUCAAAAUGAAAAAGAAUUGUUUAGGCCCUUUAUCGUCCCUGCCUCCCAUGUCUCAUUGUCUAUAGGCUGUCUGCAGACAAUCACAGCAGGUCUUUGCAAAUUGCUUUAGACACAGCCGUCAAAUCCGCUCUCUUUUAUCUCGCUAGGGUACCGUGCAUUGGUGUUAAAGCCCAUUAAAAAUAUUCUUCACAAAGAGGAUUGUUUUUCUUAGCAGAGAAGCUCCAAAACAGGACUUGCUGCUAAUAAAGUCCAUGACAAAAGCAUGACCCCUCCAUAACCUUUUUUGCAACAACUGCAAGUUGCCCUUAAACUACAGGCUGCAUUUCAAUACGGUAGCAGUCUUACAAAGCUGCGGUUUGGCCAGUAGUAGGUCGUUAGUCUUGAGAUUGUUACUCAUAAAGCAAGACGUUAUCAUGGGCAGACGAUGGACCUGGCUAGCAUAAACAUUUUUAAAGGACUUCUUCAACCUGCGCAGUGGGUGUCCCCAAGUAAUCCUGUAAUUUGCAAGUCCAGCCACAAUUUCUUUGUUUUUAUUUUUUUAGUUGACUAGCAAAACAAACCUGCUCAAACAGACCCUCUCUAUUUCCUCAUCCAUCACAAGCACAGAUCAUAAUUUAUGGUCUCAUGAAAGGGACUCGACAUUCACAGGUUAAUGCAGUGAUUUGGGGUAUAUGGCCUGUGUCUGCAAGGUCAGCAGUGUAAAUGCUCCCUUUUCUGAAAAAAGGCAUUGUUUGCACUGCUGUCUGAGUCUACCGAGUGACAGCCACUAGAGGGACCCUCUUGGUUUGGUCCUGCACGGAUUUCACAUGGAGAUGCUGAAAUGCUCCCCACAGAAGAUGCAGUGCUGUUUGGCUCAGCGCACAAGUCCCCCCAGUGUUUCCUAAUGGGGAAGCAUUGGAUUGGCUGAGACCAUCAAGAUUUAUGAUCUUAGCCAGGAAAAAUGGAGAGUAAAACGGCUUUUUUAUUUAUUUUACAUCGAGUGGAGACAGUCACCUAAGUAGUUAGAAGAACAAUAUAGGUUAGAAAUACAUGUAUGUAUUCCUAAAGCUAUAAUUUUCUUUUAAUCUACCUCAGACAUGGUUGCAAAGUAUCUACUGAUUGUUAUUUACCAGUCUAAAUUGUUGAAAUGUGCAUAGCAACAUUUAGGACAAAAUAAACUGCAGAAGUCACAGCUGACUAUUGUAGCCUAAGUUUUGUGAGGUGGAUUUAGUUAGUAACCCUGCUACUGUUACUUAAUAUUUUACAACUCCCAUAUAUUUAUUUACAUGGAUAAAGACUACACAGUUAUACCUCACUUUCUCUAGAUUGUAAGAUUGCUUGAGUUGUGCCAGCCCCAACACUUUUUUGUUUGUCUAAUCGAUAUUUUUUGUAUUGUAUUACAUAUUUCUGUGCGAUAUGUUGGUUCUCAAUAUAAAAUAAUACUGUGGUAAAAAAUAAAAAUAAUUUAUCAUAGAGUCUGCAUUGCAUAACAGGAAAUAAAAAAAAAAAAUUCUAAAAUCCGCUCAUCUCUGGCAGGAAUGUAAGUAUGGGUGAAUGCGUUAACAUAUUGCCUCAUGGGUAACUUGACAAAGACAUUUAAUGGCACCUUAGAAUUCAUAUUUUUGGUAAAUUGUAGUUAUAUACAUUUCCCCCACAUUGUUACAGAUGACCGUGGAUCUGACGCCAGGAAAGAUCCGCUGCAGUAAACGAGUAUCUGUUCUCACUCGUGGAUCUGAUCGCAUUUCGACAAAAGCUAAUGAAGGGGUCAUUUAUGACUACUUCAGUACUAUGACUGGCAUCGGAGGCUUCCAGGAUCACUUUGAGUGGUAAGAAAAUGUGAACUUUUUGCACAAGAUGAUGCAAUGACAGAAUUCCAGAGUAUAUUAGGAUUUAAUUUUUUAAUUCUUCCAGGAACAGAAUAUUGUCCAACUAAGUAGUAGUCUCAUUAAUCCCAUUUAAAUUUAUUGUUGAGUUCUUAUGUCACCCUCUUAGUCGUGAUCAACAAGAAAAUUGACCACAUUAACAACUUUAAGGAUGCUUGACUAGUAUAGAUGUUAAAUAGUAUAGUUAACAGUAAGUCAGUAUCUCGAUAGAGAGACUCCAGACUGGAUUUACGCUGCAGGUGACCAUGACAAUCCCUUGACAAUUCCCCACAGGUCCCAGUUUAGGGAAAAACCCUGCACGUUUUUCUGAAUUAUGCCUCUCAACAACUGAGUGAUUCCGCCGCUUUUAUAGUAGGAUGCCAUUGGCCCAAAUUUGUAGCAUAGGGACUACUCUACGUUACAAAUUUGGGCCAAUGGCACCUUCCUCUGUGUAAGAAUAGCUGUGAGAUAGUAUAUAUUUACUACAUUUCUACAAUGCCAGUUACAAAUUUAAGCAUGCUUGCUGAAAACUAGGUUAAUUGCUUAAUAUUUUAUGUAAUAAAACAUGAUUGAAAUACUUGAAAAAGCAUAUUAACCCCUUAAGGACACAUGACAUGUCUGACAUGUCAUGACUCCCUUUUAUUCAAGAAGUUUGGUCCUUAAGGGGUUAAAGUAGAAAAAAAAAAAACCAAAGUCCAUGUAUCCAAGUUUGACAAAGAAGAAAAGUGGGGGACAACUUAGUCUAAAGAACUACCUUGCCCAACUAGCAGGCUUAUGAAUAAUUAAUUAUUUAGGAUUUUGCGAACUUUGAUGUUUGGGAUAUUAUCUUAAUGAUGAACAAGUUGAACUGCUAACCCAAUGCUAUUAUGGUAUAAUUGCCGUGCUAGUUUAACAAUGUUUUCAGUUGACAUCACUGUCAAAGCAACCACAGACAUAAUUCCAAGCACGUGCAUUUUGUAACCUAAUCUUACUUUACCUAUUUGCUAUUCUCGUAAAAAAAAAAUAUUCCAUUCUGUCUUAGGUGGGCUAGAAAUAGCUUUACAGGUGUAGGAGGGAAACCUUUUUGGAUCAACCCAAGUGACUGCGAUGCUCAACAUAUCAUCAUAGACGACAAUAUUCGGCUAAAUGAAGAGGAUACAAUUGUCAAUUGUCGGGUAGGUUUCAGUAGACCCCUAAAACCUUUUACAGCACUACUUUUACAAGAUCAAUUAAGUUAUUUUGGAAGCAGGAGUAUCUUUACUAUUAAACCUCUUCAUUAAUGUUUCUGCUUCCUGAUGGACAGGAGCUAAGCUGAUUAAGGAGUAAUGUCUUCUUCUGUUCACCCUCUUAGCACAUCACUGCUGAAAAUCUUGUAGUUUAUCUUGUGGCAUUUGUUUAACUCCUUCGUGACGCUAGAUGGAAAUUUGCUGUCCUGCUUGGCCUACCGUUAAAGACGCAUGCUGGAAAAUUUCCAUCAUUUACGAAAGUUAACCCCAGAUUGCAGUGAUCGCGGGGUUAACGCUCCUCCAGUCUGCCUCGGUAUCCGCGCUGUUCCUGCAGCUAUGAUCACUCUGAUAGGCUGUCAGAGCAAGCACAUGUGCUGCACGGACUCCCGGUCCGCUUUCCUGUGCUUCCGUCUCUGGCUGGGGACUCGGAUUUUUCAAUUUACUCACUCUCCCUGCAGCCUGCAGGCAGUGGAGUCGGCCGGCCUCUCCUGAUGUCAGGAGGAGCGGGCGUGACUUCCACUGCUCUUCUCACAGGACUGGCUGCUGGAUCCUGUCUCCUGCCCACCCUGGCCUAAUGUAAGACUCGGGGGGAGGGGGGAAAUACACUUUAGUUUUUUGUUUUUUUUUAUUCCCCUCCUUAGCCCUGUCCCCCUUACUCAUCCCAUGUCCCCCUUCCCUUAUCCCCUUCCUCAGCCCUGCCCCCUCUCAGCUCCUGUCUCCCCUCCCCGAGCUCCUGUUUCCCCCUCAGCUCCUGUCCUCCUUACUCAGCCCCAUACCAUCUCCACCACAGCCCCAUAACAUAUAACUGGUCUCCCCUGAUUUCAACCCAUAUCACCAACACUACAGCCCCUUUCCCGUAUUGUAGCCAUCAACCUACUUCAGCCCCUAUCCCCACCCCACUACAUUUCCUAACCCCCAAUUACAGCUCAUACCCCCCACUACAGCCUCUAGCCCCCUACUACAGCCCUGUCCCCUUACUCAGUCCCUGUCUACUGGCUUUAAAAGUGUAACGUUUGUGUGUGUGUGUGUGUGUAUCAAUAUGUCUGUGUGUGUUUGUGUGUCAGUAUGUCUGUCUAUGUGUGUGGGUGUGUGUGUGUGUCAGUCAGUAUGCCUGUGUGUGUGUGUGUGUGUGUCAGUAUGCCUGUAACAGUGUGUCUGUCUAUGUAUGUGCAUGUGCCUGUCAGUGAUUGUGUGUUUGUUAGUGUGUGUCAAAUCAGCAAGUGUGUGUGUGCCUGUCAGUGAGUGUAUCUGUUUAGGUGACUGCCCCCCCUUUCAAUCACAUGGAAUGACAGAGAUGCAAAUUGCAUUUGAACACAAACAGCAAAAAAUGCAAAAAUGGCUUGUGUCCUAAAGGGUAAGAGAAACGUUUGAAGCUGUGUCCUUAAGGGGUUAAUAACCUCCCUGCUAUUGCUUUCUAUUCUGCUGAAUCAAACCACAAUUAAAUUUUUUUUUCUGCUUUAGAUGCUGCUCAGUAAGGAAAAUGGGCAAGAAUAUCGGGCAGUGCCUACGUCGGAAGUGUAUGACGUCUGCUUAGUGCAGACAGAUCUUCUCAGAGCUAUUGCAGAAGAGGGUUAUUUUCUCGACUGUGUGAGAAAAUGUGAAGAAAAUUAUGAGCAUUAUCUCUCUACACUCCAAGAUGAAUAGACGCGAUUAAAUGCUACAUGGAUUGUUUACUGAAUACUUGUAGGACUGUUACUAGAAAUGCACACAUAGAAUAUAGCACUAUAUGUGGUGAGUUGACAGUUGAAUUGCAAAAUUUAGGUUCGACUCAUGGAGUCUAUUUUUGCCUACAUUUUGCAUUUUUUAGCCAAUUCACCACUACUUAUAAGUUAAAAUGUUACUCCAAGCCCCAUAACCACAUCAGUGCUUUAAAGUUAUCAUGGUGCAAGUAGCCUGUAUAUCCAGCAUUUCAGUAUGAAAUACCAUCGAUGGUUUGUUCCAUUACCCUGAACAGCACCAGAGCACUCCUAACAUCAUAGCAGACAGCAGUGGUUAUGGUUCUUAAAGUAACCCUUUAACACUUUGGAGUUCUACAGAAGCAAGCACUGAAUAGUUUUGCGUUGCAAGUUUCUCUAUAUUGUUUACAGUUCUCCAAUAGUUAGAACGCUGCUUCACUGUGAAGGUUUGCACUUCAUUAAAUGUUACAAAGUGGAUUAAUGUAACUCGAUAUCCCUGGAGGACAGUGAUAAUGCAUUUUGCCUACUAACCUCUGUACAGAGACUGGUACUCCCGUCACUCUUGGUAAGGCUUGUCUGGCUGACAAUGUUGGGAGUUGCAUUCUGCAACAUAUUAAGUGUACUCUACUGAGCCAUUGCAAGCGUGUCAGUUUGACAGAUGGGCUUCUGCACCAUAAAUGCCCCUGUUAGUGAUGUCCUGAACGGUUCGCCGAACGGUUCGCCGCGGACGGCGAACAUAAACAUAAACUUUGACCCUGUACCUCACAGUCAGCAGACACAUUCCAGCCAAUCAGCAGCAGACCCUCCCUCCCAGACCUUCCUGGACAGCUCACUAAGAAUGCAGCUUCACAAUGAAUGUAAAAUGGAUGCUGUCCAGGAGGUGGGAGGGAGGGUCUGCUGCUGAUUGGCUGGAAUGUGUCUGCUGACUGUGAGGUACAGGGUCAAAGUUUAUGUUUAUGUUCGCCGUCCGCGGCGAACCGUUCGGCACAUCACUAGCCCCUGUCUCUACAUCAGGAGGGCACGUGCUUCAUUCAUAGAAUCAAUUUACAUUUUCAAGAAUUCCAGAUAUAAAUGUGAGCAAUCUAUGAACAAAACAUAGGCCAAUUUGUAGAGCUUGCAUUUUAAUUCCACUAUAGAGUAUUUAUGAAUGAUGAUGUAAAAUAUCCAGUGUUUUAUCCAGUAUAAUUACAAUAAUGAUCAGAAUUCAGAAUGUAGAACAUUAGCAGGCUUUUUAGUCUGUUAUCAGCACUGAAAUCUUUUGAAUGUAGUAAAUGAAAUUGUGUUCUUAAAUUAAAUUGGUUCAAAAAGAGAAUGUGUACAUUUAUGGUUUUAGUGGGGAAUCAGCUCUACCCACCUGUGUGUUUUGUAUAACAUAGUUCAUGUGUAUAAUGACUUCAUAACAAUGACACUCCACAGGCCAUUACAUAUGUGAAAUUUUACACUGCGCUAAAAGUUAAUAUAUAACUAGAACUAUUUCAGUUUAAUAACCUUUUAAAUUUGACACACACAUUCCUAGUUUAAUUUGCUCGGGAGCUCUGUACCGCCUACACAAUCAAUAUUUAGUGAGCUCACGGCUAGCAGGAGAGUUGUUUCCUUUGUGGAACAGAUCUAUUUUCUUCUUCCUCUCUGGCAAGUAUAUAAUAAAAAGAAAAAUGUGAGAGAAUGCAUUAGAGAAAAAGCUAUGGUUUAGGGGGCACAGAUCUUCGGUAAGGUCAUCAGAGAAUCCACUCCUUAAUUCUGUCACACUAGUAACGUAUAUAACAGGUGUGGCAUUGUAUGGUGCCAGUAGUAAGGUUGAAGGAUACCUCUAAUUAAUCUUAUUUAUGUAACAUCUCCAUGUGUUUUCACUUGAUUUAUCCAAUAGGCUUGGGC